UAGACAGAUGGUUAUGGUCUGGAACCUGGUUAUUUCUGGAAGACCAGUAAUUGCAAAACCCGAGAUAGUGGAACCAACAACGUAGAGUGCGAGUCUGGAGAGAGCAACAGCUAUGCUAGUAAUGGUGGUUGGGUUGCUCUAGUGGAACUUUUUCUCUCCCUCUUUCGUUCUCAAUGGAAUCCUGUUCUUCGUUAAGAGGCUUUUGCGUAACAGUAAAGCCUGGACUACUAAAGAGUGUUGGAGUUUCAUUCGGAACUCAUAGUAGUUGGAGGAGGAAGAGAGCUUUUUUUCAAGUCUCUGCAAUUUCUUUCCAGAAGUUCAUCCAAUUUGCUCUAAACGAAACGAAGCGCCAAACCCAUUUGGUUCCUUCUCCUUUACAGGUGAAAUUUAAUACAGUAAAUUCCAUGGAUGGUAAAACAGAGCUUCAAAUGUUAUCAUUCCAAGCUUCUAAGAUUAGACUUCUACGAAGUUUGAGCAUUGAGACUGAAGCCAUGCAGGUUUUGGACUUUGCUGCCUUUCCAGAACCAGAAUUUGAUGUGCCCAUAUUUUGUGCCAACUUUUUUGCCACCACCAACACAAACAUAAUGGUCUUGGACCUUAACCCUUUGCAUGAUGUUAUUAGUCGAGCAGAUUAUAAGGAAAGAUACUAUAAAAGCUUGAUGUCUCUUGGUCUCAAGUAUUCUGAGCUUUUACCCUGGGGAGGCAAGCUUACAGGCGAGUCCUUAAAAUUUUUCUCACCAAUUGUGAUAUGGACCAGAUUUACUCCAAGCCAAGACAAAUAUGAGGUUUUAUAUUCUGCAUUCAUGGAUUAUUACGAGGCUUGGCUGGGGCUGAUAAACCGAGCAGUAGCAGAGACAGAUGCGUCCCAAAUUAUGUGCAAUCGUGAAGCACAGCAUAGAUAUUUAACUUGGAGAGCUGAGAAGGAUCCAGGUCAUGGAGUUCUGAAAAAGUUCAUUGGGGAGACAAUGGCAAAGGACGUGCUGAGGAACUUCCUGUUUAAUGGAAUUGAUGAGUUAGGGAGCAGAACUUUCCUUGAUUACUUCCCAGAGUACCGCCGCGAGGAUGGGACAAUAAAUGAGAAGCGCAGUGUCAUGGGAAAGUCUUUUGAGAAUCGUCCUUGGGAUACAAAGGGGAACUUCAUUGGUGACCAUUCUAAAUAGUAUGUGUUUUCCCAUCAGUUCCUUGCUUCCAUUUUUGCUCUUUUUUCCCCAGGCUUUGUUGUUAAGAUCUUUUUUUUUUUUUGCUGUAUUUUCUAUGUAUUAAUUUAUCAUGAACAACAGA